CACUAAUAUCCUUCCCGGGGUGUGGGUCUGUUUUCCUCCCCCCGUAGGCCGUCGCCGCCGUUCGUGCAGAGAUACCGCCCGCCAUCACCACAAACCAUGUCGGAACCUGACAUAAUCUGGGCCGUGAAGAAUGGAGACGUGGAGGAAGUGAAGAACUUAGUAGCACAGGGUGCAGAUGUGAACAAGAUUGAAUUAGCUGGUCGUAAGCCCAUCCACUUUGCAGCAGACUGUGGUCAGCUUGAGGUCCUGGAGUUUCUGAUUUAUGCGGGAGCAGAAAUUAAUGCUCCAGAUAUACAUGGUAUUACAGCACUUCUGUCAGCUAUUUACGAGGGACAUUUAGAAUGUGUGAAAUUGCUGGUAUCCAAGGGUGCUGAUAAAACUGCAAAAAGCCCAGAAGGAAUGAGCUAUUUGGAAGUUGCUCAAAGCCCUGAAAUGAGAGAACUUCUCAAGUGACGGUUGUCUUGCUUUGUUGUGGCCUUGUGCUGCCUCAUCUCAUUGUUUUCUUCUUCCUUCUCACUCACUUAUUUUGCUUCCGAUUGCACCUUUUAAUUCUGACUAAACAAACAAGUUUGUAGCAUGUUUUUGUAGUUACAGACAUCUUAGUUAACAUGAAUAUCAGAGCUCUUGCACAGUGUACAAUGAACUGAUUCUACCCUUAAUUAAGGAUAGUUCAACACAAAAAUAAAUUGCUGCAAUUAUUGAAAUCUGUUAAUAUCACGAUUAUUCAGCAAAUGCCCAUUUUCCUGAGUUAGGUUUGCUCAGACUUGAGUUCCUACGUUGUGGACCAUAGAGUGAGGCAGAAGCUCUUUAAAUGAUUGUGCUGAAAAAUUAUCCAGAGCGAGCAGAGAUUUAUUGUUGUGUUUCCCUCAUACAGCACCCAAGGUGUGGUGCAUUAUUUGCAACUUUUGAGAAAUUGACAAUGAUGGAGCUUCAGUGUUUUGAUGAAACCUUCCAGAUGUUUUGUUUAUUGAUUAUCAUGUGAACUAUACUGAUUCAGUGUCAUUAAAAAUAAAACACAGUUCUAAGUAUGAUCGUGAUAACAAUUGGAUAAUUGAGUGAUGAGCUGUCACUAUUCCUGUUGCAUAAUCAGUGACUUGAGAAAUCUGUUUUAAUAAAAUAAAGAUGUGUGUAAA